AUGGCCUCAUUUAACGCUUAUCGUAAUCAAAAUCCUAACCGAUUAAAUAGCAUAAGUGAUGAUGGUUCAAAUGAUCUUAAAAAUAAUAUACGUGAAAGUCGUUGGAUUCAACCGGAACAAUGGCAAUUACCUGAAGUUCAACAAACAUUUCAACAAGGAGUUAUUGACUUUUCUGAAGUACAUGGUAUGCUUCAACAACUUGGUAUUAAAGUACAAAAAUUUGAAUUACCUAAAAUUCUUGAAGAACAUGAUAAAAAUAAAGAUGGAAAAUUAACAAAAGAAGAAUUUGAAGAUCUUUAUUUAAAAUUACGUGCUGAAAAAGAUCCAGGUAGUACAUGGAAUAAAACGGUUAAACCAACAGCUGGUGGUGUUGAUCGUUUUAUUACGAAAACAACGGAUAAUACUGAUUCAAAUGCAUCUAAUGUUGAACAAAAACAAGAAGCACAAGGUCCUUAUCAUAGUGUUCUAGUUGAAGAACGUGUAUGGACAGCUAAUUGGUUGAAUCAAUUUCUUGCUGAUGAUGCUCAUUUAAAUUUACGUACUAAUCCAAUUGAUUCUCAAGAUCCACAAGGACUUUAUAAACGUUGUCAAGAUGGUAUUUUACUUUGUAAAUUAAUUAAUAUCGCUGUCCCGAAAACAAUUGAUGAACGUGCAAUUAAUUUAAAUCUUUCAAAACAAGAUAUUUUUCGUCAAAGUGAAAAUUUGGAACUUGCGAUUAAUUCGGCUCGUGGUAUUGGUUGUAAAGUAGUUAAUAUACAUCCAGAAAAUAUUUCGAAAGCUGUACCUCAUAUUAUCAUGGGUCUUUUAUGGCAAAUAAUUCGAAUUCAAUUAACAAGUGAAAUUAAUUUAAAACAUGUUCCGGGUCUUAUUCUUCUCUUACGAGAUGGUGAAACAGUUGAAGAUUUAUUAAAACUAUCACCAGAAGAAUUAUUAUUACGUUGGUUUAAUUAUCAACUUCAACGCUCACAGUACAAAGGCAAAGCAGUAUCAAAUUUUAGUGGUGAUAUUAAAAGUUCUGAAGCAUAUACCUAUUUACUUAAUGUUAUUGCACCAGCGAAUACAAAACCAGCAUUAACACUUAAUCCAUUGAAUGAAAAUGAUUUACGUCAACGCGCUGAACUUAUGUUAAAAGAGUCGGAUAAAAUUAAAGCUAGAGCACAUAUUACACCUGAUGAUGUUGUCAAAGGAAAUCCAAGACUUAAUUUUGCUUUCGUGGCUAAUUUAUUUAAUACAUAUCCAUCGUUAGAUCUUCCAACCGAAAAAGUACUUCAGCCAGAUCUUGUAAUCGAAGAAACUCGAGAAGAAAAGACUUAUAGAAAUUUUAUUAAUAGUCUUGGUCUUGAACCACAUGUGAAUUAUCUUUAUUCAGAUCUUUGUGAUGGUUUAAUCAUUCUUCAAUUAUAUGAUAUAAUCCGUCCAAAUACCGUCGAUUGGUCAAAAAUAUAUAAAACUUUCAGUCCAAUUAAAGAACGUUUUCAAAAACUUAAUAAUUGUAACUUUGCGGUUGAUUAUGCUAAAGAACCGCUUCAUUUCAAAAUCACAGGUAUUGGCGGUUCGAAUAUAUUAGAAGGCAAUAAAACUUUAACACUUGGUCUUGUUUGGCAAAUAAUGCGAGCAUAUACAUUAUCAAUUCUUCAAAAAUUGGCUAAAUCUAAUACACCUAUCGCUGAUAAAGAUAUUAUUAAUUGGGCAAACGAUAAAUUAAAAAAUGCGAAUAAAAAAACAUUUUUAAAUAGUUUCCAAGACCAAUCAUUAAGUGAUUCUAUGCUUAUUUGUGAUUUAAUUGAUGCUAUUAAACCAGGUUCUAUUCAAUAUCAUCUACUUAAAACAUCUGGAACAGCUGACGCUAAAAUGGAUAAUGCUCUAUAUGCAAUUUCAAUGGCACGAAAAAUUGGUGCACGUGUUUAUGCACUACCAGAGGAUAUUGUUGAAACAAAACAAAAAAUGCUUUUAACAGUUUUUGCUUGUCUAAUGGCAAGUGAUAUGCUUGGAAUGAAAAAUUAA